GUUUAAAAUAUUUUCAAGAUAUGCCGUUAUCAACAUAUAAUGUUUUAUUAAAAUUAAUUACUUUUAUCUUUUUGAUUUCUAACGUUUAUUGCUCAAAUAGUAACAAAGCAGAUCCAGUAGAAAUGUAAACCUCGAAAACCCCUUUUUUUGCCAGUUGAUAAAAAAUGGCAGAAACAUUGGUGCAAAGAAUUAAAUCUUGAAUAUGAACUUGUAUGUGUCAGAUUAAUACCCUCAAAAUAUCGAGGUAUUCCUUCUCAUAGAUUAGAUACUCCAGCAGACGGAAAUUGUUUUUUCAAUGCACUAUCUUAUUGGAUAACUGGUAAACAUUAUUAUGGUGUUAAAUUACGUGAAUAAAUUUCAAAAUUCUUUGAAGAAUCCAAAAAUUAUAAAGAAAUGACUACCGAUGAUGAACGUCCGGCUCGCAUUGAAGCAAUGUCCCGUCAGUACGUGUAUAUUGAGUCACCCGAAAUAGCUGCGGCAGCUGAAUUUUUAGAUACAUCAAUAUACGUAUUUACAAAAGAAGAUGGAUGGAGUUUUUUUAGCAAAAAAGGUAUAUCUGAAGCUGAUAAAGGUGAAAAAUGUAAAUACUUGAUGAAUAAAGAAGAACAUUUUAUGCCUGUAAUAAGUACAAAACUCAUAGAUGAAAAAGAAUACCAGCCUGAAGUCAUUCAAGAAAAAAUGAAAAACAUUCUCCAUAAAAUGACUAAUUGCUUAAGCAUAAAAUCUGAUUCUUCAUCUUAAGUAUGUGUAAUUGUAUUUAUUUUAAUAAAUAAAACUAUUUUAGUUAAUGAUGUCUAUGGUAGUCUAUGGUAGUAAUAAUGUUUAGUCUUCAUUAAAAUAAAAAAAAUAAUAACUAAUUAAUCAUAUAUAUAUUUUUUUGUAAUUUUUAUUUUGUAAAAUAAAUGUAUCUGUUUAAACGAAAAAAGUAAAUAAUAAAAAUGCUUUACCUUGUGUUGGAACAGCACGUCAUUGGUUCAAUUUCAAUCAGUCCUUUUAUUCUUAAAUAAUUUACAAUUUUUUAAAUAACCCAGCAUUAACCUUUUAAUGCAGACUCGGUCAUAGAUUAGUAUACAUAUAGUUCUCAUUUUAUCCAUCCUUGAAUUAUAGUUAACUUACAUAAGAUUUCAAUACCCUCUCUACAAAGACCCUUAUAAACUUGGGUUAGCUAGUUUUGAGUUACAUUAAACCGAAAGGCCACAAUCACGGUUAAAAAAAUUCUUAUGAAGGUAACACGCGACAUUCUAUAUUAUGUAAUGCCUGUGUUACGACUCAAUGCUAUCACAACCAUUGAAAGGUGGUACUAUACAAAGAAAUAUAAAGUUUAGGCAUACGUUAUAUCAUGAACUACUUUGGGGUAUUAGUAGAUGGAUACUUAAUAUUCAGCAAAUGAACACAUCAAAGCUCAUGAGGCUUAGGUCAACUAUAAGAGGCCCGAGAUAAGGAAAAAUAAAGCUAUUGAGUAUUGUGGUCCUUUUUGUAUUGCUGUAUGCCACACCUGUAUGAGCUUUGAGGAAGGAACAGCUUCGAGCACUAAUUUGGUGCAUUUGUGCAUGUUGAACAAUAAGUGUAACAGCGGUGAAUAUUUUGGCUGGAGUUCUACCAAUAGAGUCAGUGGUGGAGGAGACAGAGAAGGUGUAUGGACUAUGACGAACACAUGACGCAAGAAACGACACGUUCAAUUUUUGGAGGACUGAAAUCAGAAGUAAUACAGUCAGCAAAUGGAAUCGGAACUUUGAUUAAGUCUCUAGAGGGAAGUAGACGAGACAGUUGAUAUCUG